AUGCAACUCCUGAACAUUUUCAAUACGAUGGGUAGCGGCGUAGCUGUUCCUGAACAGGAGGUCGCUCCGAUUAUGCAGAAGCUUCAAGACAAUGGCAUCGUUUGCAAAAACGAAAUUACGGAUGUGAUGAAUGCGAUAGAGGCGUCGCUGACAGACACGGAAGCGUUCUCUGCCGCAGUUGUUACUCGUGCGAUGAGCCCUCAACUGGCUGUGAAAGAAGAUGGCGGAAUCGGCUCCAACAGAGCUAUUAUCCGUCAGAUAUAUAGUCUCAUGGAUCUCAUGGAUUCCGAAGGAUUUGAUGAGCACGUUUUGAGGAAUAUUGAAAAGCUGCCGAUGACGUACUGUUACAAAAAGUCGAUGAUCGAGUUUGCUAAGGCUGAUCGAAAACUCGUGCAUUUGGCUGAUAAGUUCAUUUUGAGGUUAGCGCUUAAAAAACUUAGUUCUCCCUAGCA